AACGGAUAACUCUAGACUUUUCAGUAUUGUUCGUACUUUCAUAGGUAUUUCAAGAGUUGUGAAUUGACUAAGAAAGUCGCCUGUUGAAGAAGUGUAAGUUGUUUAAUUUUGUUUAACUUGGAAUUGUCCUAAGCCUUUGGCAAUGGCUCGACAACGCCGAGGUCUGAUCGCAGAGGUAAUUUACAAUUUUGUCGAGUCGUUAAAGCCCCGGAGUAUGAAGAAGCGACUGAUUGGAAAAGAUUACCUUGGCAACCAGUACUACGAAACCAUGCCAUUGGGGAGCAGUGCCAGGGUCAACCGGCCUUCCAGGUUCUACGUUCCGAAAGACGGUGAUACGUCUAAGUUCGAUGAAGGCGUUCCGCCGGAGUGGGAAGCCUGGCUCAGGCUGCGGAGGAAGUCACCGCCAACCGAAGAAGAGAUCCAGAAGAACCUGGCCAUGGCAAAGCAAAAGAAAGAAAACGCCCUUAAGAUUGAGCAGAAAUUCAAGAAGCACGAUGUCGAGCCGAAGCAAGAGAAAAUUGAGAGUUUUCCAAAAUAUGACGAAUAUGAAAUUCACCCAGGAGAGAAGAUGAAAUAAUUUUUUCGUAGUUUCCCUUAUGACCUGUGAUCUUUAGUUUAUAACAUUAAAAUAUUUUUAAAUUAUA